AGCUGGAUUUUGGUAAAUAUGCCUCAGUCUUCCCUAUGCAAAGUACUGCAAGUCAAAUUUUUGUGCUAUACUCUUGCUUCAAGGAAAAUGAAAGCUCAGAAAUUCUUCUGUCUCCACUGUAUCUUCCUUGUGCUGCUUUUCCAGCAGGCCUGGGCUCAGUUUCCAAGGGAAUGUGCCACAGUUGAGGCUUUGAGAAGUGGUAUGUGUUGCCCAGAACUGUCCCCUCUGUCUGGACCCUGUGGCUCAUCAUCAGGCAGGGGCAGGUGCAUGGCAGUGACUGCAGACUCCCGUCCUCACAGUCCACAGUACCCCCAUGAUGGCAGAGAUGAUCGGGAGGGCUGGCCCACAAGGUUCUUUAAUAGGACGUGCCAGUGCAAUGACAACUUCUCAGGAUACAACUGUGGUACUUGUCGCCCUGGAUGGAGGGGAGCUGCCUGUGACCAGAGGAUUCUUAUAGUCAGGAGAAAUAUUCUGGACUUAACUUCAGAAGAAAAGAACCACUUCGUCCAGGCCCUGGAUAUGGCAAAGCGCACCACUCACCCUCAAUUUGUCAUUGCUACCAGGAGAUCAGAAGAAAUCUUGGGACCAGAUGGCAACACACCGCAAUUUGAGAACAUUUCCAUUUAUAACUAUUUUGUUUGGACACAUUAUUACUCAGUCAAAAAGACUUUUCUUGGUCCGGGGCAGGAAAGCUUCGGUGAAAUAGAUUUUUCUCAUGAAGGACCAGCUUUUCUCACGUGGCACAGGUACCAUUUGCUGCAGCUGGAGAGAGACAUGCAGGAAAUGUUGCAAGAACCUUCAUUCUCCCUUCCUUACUGGAAUUUUGCAACUGGCAAAAAUGUAUGUGAUAUCUGUACCGAUGACAUGAUGGGGUCGAGAAGCAACUUUGACUCCACUCUUAUAAGCCCAAACUCCGUCUUCUCUCAAUGGCGAGUGGUCUGUGAAUCCUUGGAAGAUUAUGAUACCCUGGGAACACUUUGUAACAGCACUGAAAAUGGGCCAAUCAGGAGGAAUCCAGCUGGAAAUGUCGCCAGACCGAUGGUGCAGCGUCUUCCCGAACCACAGGAUGUCACUCAGUGCUUGGAAGUCGGCAUAUUUGACACACCUCCUUUUUACUCCAAUUCCACAGAUAGUUUCCGAAACACAGUGGAAGGUUACAGUGCUCCCACAGGAAAAUAUGAUCCUGCUGUUCGGAGUCUUCACAAUUUAGCCCAUCUAUUCCUGAAUGGAACAGGGGGACAAACUCAUUUGUCUCCAAAUGAUCCCAUUUUUGUCCUGCUGCAUACUUUCACGGAUGCAGUCUUUGAUGAAUGGCUAAGGAGAUACAAUGCUGAUAUAUCCACUUUUCCAUUGGAAAAUGCCCCUAUUGGACAUAAUAGACAAUACAAUAUGGUGCCAUUUUGGCCUCCAGUUACUAACAUAGAAAUGUUUGUUACUGCUCCAGACAACCUUGGAUAUGCUUAUGAAGUUCAAUGGCCAGGUCAAUCUUUUAGCAUACCUGAGAUUAUUACCAUAGCAGUGGUUGCUGCCUUAUUGCUGAUUGCAGUCAUUUUUGUGGGUGCUUCCUGUGUGAUUCGUGCCAGAAACAAAAUGGAUGAAGCUAAUCAACCUCUCCUCACGGAUCAGUAUCAACACUAUACUGGAGAUUAUGAAAAAAUCCAGAAUCCUAAUCAGUCUGCGGUCUGACGACAAGUGACCUACUUACUCUCAUACAUUAGCACGAACUCUCCUGAUUACAUUACUAACUGUAUCUUCUGUCACUUUUAAACUUCUUCCUCAUACAUGCAUAUGUUGAAAAUAAAGUUCCAGACAUUAUUUUCCAGAGCUCAAAAGAGCC